CGUUAGGUAAAUAUCUUCGAAAGUGUCAGGCCGGUAUCAGCAGACAGCGCGUUGCACAAGCCUUCACCAUCAUGCCGUAUCAGACGCCUGAGCUCCUGUCACAUGAAAGACAGGUGACUCCUCUUUGGCUAGAUUGUGAUCCAGGCCAUGAUGAUGCAUUUGCCAUCCUCUUAGCUGCCCACCACCCAUCUCUGAAGUUGCUGGGGAUCAGUACUGUGCAUGGAAAUGGUUCGCUUGAAAAUACCACAGUGAACGCUGGAUGCAUCCUGGAAGCCAUUGGCAGGUCAGAUAUUCCUGUAUAUCCAGGGGCAUACAAGCCAUUCUGUAGAGCAGCUGUACAUGCACCGGAUAUUCAUGGCUUGUCUGGACUUGAUGGGACCGAUUUACUUCCUACUCCGACGCGACCACCUGUGAGGAAUCCAAGUGCGACUGUCGCCAUGCGAGAGGCCCUGCUGGCACAGCCUAGAAAUACUGCUUGGCUAGUGGCGACUGGAACGCUCACCAAUGUCGCACUACUUUUCGCAACAUUUCCUGAAGUUGCGGAGCACAUUCGCGGUCUCAGCAUCAUGGGUGGCGCCAUAGGUGGUGGGUUCUCAGAUGCUUCUAUCUGCAAGCGGCCAGGAGCUGAGGCCCGGAUUGGAAAUACGACACAUUUCGCAGAGUUCAAUAUCUACUGUGAUCCCGAAUCUGCACAAUCCAUUUUCUCUUCCCCGGUUCUCGCACGGAAAACAGUUUUAAUACCCCUAGAUCUUACCCACAAAGUAUUAGGCACGCCAAAUGUGCAGUCUCUGAUUUUACAGACUGAAACUCAACCAGGAGCGAACGGGAAUGGCGUGAUCCCGACUCCCUCAGUCCUCCGCCGAAUCCUCCACGCCCUCCUCAUCUACUUUGCAAACACUUACGAAAGCGUUUUUGGCCUUGACGUUGGACCCCCCUUGCAUGACCCCGUUGCCGUUGCUGUGUUAUUGUCCAACCUAAACCAUAGUGACAAUGGAAGCAAACCGGGAAUUCUCAAUUUCGAUGAUAGGGACGGCGAGCGCUUCCUCGUUAAUGUUGUAACAGAUGGUCAACAUGGUUCAGGUCCAGAGAUUACUGGUGAGGUUGGACGGACAAAUGCAAGUCCCUUAGAACGCGGCAAGUGCGGCGUGACCAUACCCCGUGGGGUCGAUGUUGAUGCAUUUUGGAAUAUCGUUCUCGAGUGUCUAAAACGGGCAGAUGAUUGGAACGCUUCGCGGGUCAGCAAUCAAAACUAGAGCGGACUAAUUGGUGCGAUUCUUUUGGGUAUAUUUGUAGGUUUGGAAUGGGUUUUGUAGCGUUGGACAUCUUCUGCAUCUCUGUGGUGAUCGUUGAUUUAUAUCUUCCAUGUAUAAACUUAUUUAUAUAUUUAUAUAUUCACAAAAAGGACAUAUAGAUAGAUGAAAAAUAGACAAUAGAACGUUCCUUUUGACCAGAGGCAGGG